AUGAUCAAGAUGGCCGUGCCGCUGGACGAGGAGGGCAACCUGGUGACAGAGCCGUUCUCAACCGCCGCUGCUGCCUCUGCUGAGCCAGUCAUAACAACAUGGCGCCUUCUCAUUUUCGACGACUGGGGUCGUGAUAUCAUCGCGCCGCUCCUAAAGGUUGGCCAGCUACGCGAACUGGGCGUCACCUUGUACCUGCACAUCGCCACGGAGCGUGAUCCGGUGCCGGGGGCCCCGGCCAUCUAUUUCUGUGCGCCGACAGAGGAGAACAUCACCCGCAUCACGAACGACUGCGCGCAGGGCCUGUACGAGUGGGUCUACCUCAACUUUACGACGCAGAUCCCGAGACCACAGCUUGAGUUGCUGGCGCAGCAGCUCAGUGCCUCGCCGUUGGAGUCAAUUCGGCACAUUCACGUGUACGACCGCACGCUGAGCUACGUCGCCUUGGAGAACGACCUCUUCUCCCUCAUGCUGAACAACUCCUUCCCGCUGCUGAACAAGACGAAUGCCAAGGAGGAUGAGAUCGAGUCACACCUCAAUCAAAUCGUUCUGGGCAUCUCGCAUGUGUGUCUGUCGCUGCAGGUACUACCCAUCCUGGUCCACUCCCGCUCCGGCGCUGCGGCGGAGGUUGCUCGACGACUCUCCGUGCGGUUGAGCGACGCUCUGAACGACCGACAGCUGACACCGGCGCCUUCCUCGGUGCUGGGGCGGCCGCUUCUUCUUAUCGUUGAUCGUUCCAGCGACCUCGCAACGGCGCUCCACCACCCCUUCACGUACCGCGGCCUCCUCGUCGAGAUUGGCGGCAUGAAGUUGAAUAGAUGCGUCAUCACCACUCCGGACGGGAAGGACGAGGUACUUGAGGUGGACCCUGACAAGGACGAGGUUUACCGCGAGAACGCUAGCGUCGAGUUCGGCACCGUCGGUGGCAACAUUGAGGCUGCGCUGCGCCGCUAUAAGGAGGACUACGCCGUACUGGCACAGGAGACACCUGGCGGUGCCGGUGGCAUGAUGGGCGACGGCGGCGAUGGAAACGACAUGUCGAAGCUUCUGGCGAACGCGCCGGCGCUGGCGGAGCGGAAGCGCUACCUCGAUGCCCACACGAAGCUUGCCUUCAGCAUCCUGAGCAAGAUUCGCUCGAGGCACCUGGACCACUACCACGGUGUUGAGCUUGCCAUACUCCAACAGGAGGGCCUCGACGAGCAGGAGUUUCACAACCUAAUGGCCAACAACCUCGGCACCACUGAGGACAGACAACGACUGUAUCUCAUCGCAUACCUGAUGUGUGCCCAAGAAGAAGAGAUACGCUACGUGCGGAGCCAUGAGGACGCCGUCAGCGAAGGGGCCACGGCCUUUCCAGCGCUUGAUUAUGUGAAGCACCUGCGGAGCUGGUCCCUAACACCGCAGAGCCCCAGCGCAGCGCAGCCAAAUCCCAGUCAGGGCUUUGGCUGGGGGUUUGCGCAGCAGAUCGCCAAGAAUAUUGCGAGCUCGCUGGGGAGCAAGGCAGAAACAAUGCUGCCGCUCACGAAGCUGGUAGACGCGCUCAUGCAGGACGGACCUGGCGGUGCGCCGGGCGCGGCAGGAAGCAGUGGUGCGAGCGGUGUUGGUGGCCCGUACGGCAGUCCGACGAGUGCUGUUCUUCCUGGUGGCAAUGCCAGCGUAUCCAGUGGCCUGCGCGCCAAGUUACUGGAGACCAUCGAAGCGUACGACCCCCGUACGAAGAAGUCAGUGGACCUGCGCGAAGCGGUCUUCUCGCAAGCUAUCGUCUUUGCCCUCGGUGGUGGCAGCGUGGCGGAGUACGACAACUUGAAGACAUGGGAGGCAAGCAAGCCGCGCAAGUCGGUGAUUUAUGGCUGUACCUCGGUGGUCUCUGGCGAGGACAUGCUCCGCCAGCUGUCCAUGUUGGGCGCGUCACAGAGCUCGUAA